UUAAUGUCAGCACGUCUCCAUUGUGCGCAAUAUUUGAUUUACCGGAAAGUAGGGAAUGCUUGUAAUUUUGCUAAUAUCACUAAAUUUGCCCUAUUUUACUCAAUGCUGUCUCAAGCUAGAAAGUUUACAUCUAGCGUCAAUCAAACCAGCAGCCAAUGAGUUUAUGGACUAAUGUCAUUCUCUUGACUUACCAACUCUUCUCUUUUUUUUUAACUUACUCCUAAGCGUCAUUCUACACGUUAAAGUAGGUAGUAGUUUAGGUAUACGUAAAACUUGUUCCGUUCAUGUUUGUACAAUAUUAUUUUUGUAGGGUUAGUGUUAUAAUUAUUCCUCUUACCAUUUUAACCCAGCUAUUCCUAUUGUUUAGUAUUCUUGGACACAGAUUCACUCGACAAGUCCCCAAAUCAGAACACGGUUGAACAGGAAGGAGAUUAUAUUCCAAAUAACAAGGUUAGAUGGAAGUAAGAAGCACAAAAGGAAAAACAUUAGUAUAUUUAUAGUUUUUACAUACAAAGAUUUUAGAGUCUUCUCCAAGCAUCGGCUAGCGCUGAUUGGAUAAGAAUUGGUUAAUCAGCGUGCGCCAACGCAAGCGUGCAAUGAGCAUGAUUUAAUCCAAUCUAUGUCUCGCUAACAGUUAGAAUUCAUUUAAACAUUCGAAUACCAAUGUUCUCAUUCGUUCAGUGUAAAGUCACUGCAAAUAGCUGAACGUAUCUACAUUCCUGAAUUCGUUUUAUUUGUUUUGAAAAAAAUGUAACUGUGAAUUGUGUGAGGGUUUCACAACUUUCUGUUUUGUCUUUGUAAGAGAGCAUAUUUUUUCAAAAUACGAUAUAGUUUUGCACAGAUAGUCUUCUACGUAUUUGAAUUCAAGUUCGUUAUAAAUAUCACACUGAGUGUUAAUGUUAAUAUGAUACAUUUCUACAUUAUUCUAUUCAGGAAAAAAUCUUUCGAAGUAUCUGUCACGUACUUAGGGGUAUAAUAUACACAUGCUAAUUCAAAACGGUAUGUUAUGUGCAUAAGUUUUAGCGAAAGUACUUUUGUACCCCGAUAGUAAAUAAUGAUUUUGAAUUACCAAUACAAACAUUUUAAAUGAGAGAAAAUCUAAAAAUUAAAUCUCGGAAACCACUCGACUAGUUACGCACUCUUUAUAUAAACACUGAAAAUGCACAUGUAGAUCCUGUGUGUUUUUAUUUUAGCAAAAUAAAUUUCAUCCAGUACACAGGUAAUUAGAAUGAAAUAAUUUCCCGGGCAUUCAUUGACAACUUUUAUUCCAACAAAGCAUGUUACUUUUGCUGGAAGUGUGAAAAUCAUAGUUUAAAACGGAAAGAUAAACAUUGUAUAUAUGUGUGUGUACGUGUACUUGGAUUUGGGCCCGAUAGAGUGGUGAGAGGAAAGGAAAAAAUUUAUGAUACGUGUUUAGACAGCGGUUUAACAAUCUUUCUAGACUACAGAAUCAUAAUAUCACAAACCAAAUGCAUUGUUUGACUAUUCUAGUAAUACAAAAAUACAUUGUCUAAGAUCGACAAAAUCUAGAAUAAUACUGUAAUCAAUGUACACAACUUUAUGACUAGUCGAGAGAACUAGCAUAAAACUCAGUUAACUAGUUAUCUGGUCUGAAACCUGACUUAGACAUACUGUGGUAUUUAACAUCAGAUAGCCUGGUGUCAGUUAAGGGGAUGAGUGUUCAGUCCUGAAAAACAUCGUUAUGAGUUAUGUGCAGGCGUUUAUUUGGCAAACAAGUUUGAAGGGAAGAGUCAUUAAGAGGUUUAUGUACUUCUUUAAUAUCCCUUACAAUAGCAAAUUACAAUAUAAACCUGAACAAUCAACGGAAUCGAAUAAGAUAGGUUAAGAAAUACAGCAACGGUCAAGUGUUGUUAAGUAUGUCUAUGCUUCAGAACUCGAUGAAGAUCGAAAUUUAGGCAACUGCAUCCAUUUCCAGAUUAAAAAAUGGUCUGUGUUUUUCAAGUUUACUGCUUCAAAGUCCUACAUAAGUAUCAGAUAACUCUAAAUGCCAUUAUUUUAAAAACUAUUAGUUGAAUUAAUUCUUCUGUUCUUUCGUAUAAGCCCGGACACAAUCAACGAUCUCAAUCAGUUUCACGAAACUUCUCCAAACUCCUAAUUUCAACUCAAUUCUGGCGCCUAAUUUAGUUGUAAAUUUAUACUGUUAAUUAAUAGGCAACUAGAAAGUAGAUGGAGGUUAGUUGAACUGUUUACCAAAGUCCUUCAUCUACCCAGGCACCAUGAGGCAACUCUCUGAAUCUUAACUAGCUUAUAGAUUGAAAACAAUCUCACUAUGUGAGUGUAUUCUUGUUGAGGACGUUAGAUCCCCAGAACUCACUUGGGAAAGGGCCUAAUUUUGUAAUUUUAUUUAGAAAAUUUGAAUUUCUUUGCUUUCGCGCCAAAAGCGCUCUUUUCACCUUCAUGUCGUAUUUCCCACUGGGAAACAUCUUAAAUGCUAUUGGUCCAUUGCGUCUUUUAGUAUGCUAUUUGGUGACUCUCCCCAAGGACGGUUUGUACUGUAUAUAAACGUUUUGAUUUGUGUUUGUUGUUAUUUCUGGUUUCUGGCUGUUUGCAAAAUAUACUUCCCCAUUCCAAGCUUGGACUUCUUCCUCUAGUUUAGCGGGGCUGGGACGCAUCAAAUAGUUAGCUUAUUGGUCUUUGGUCACCGAGUUUUUGUUCUUGUUCGCAGAUUAAGUAAACUCGUGAUAGCUUCAAACCUAGCAAUUCUUGACAUAGAUCACUGUUCAUCAAUACAAUUUUAUUUCAUAAUAUUUAUAUAUUCACAGAUAAAAUCACGAGACCACCAUUGAAAACCUGGCAGCACUGGACGGCCGUUUCCUCAUAGUACGGGACUCCUCAGCAAUCCAUUUCUACGAUCUCGCACGCGGGACUCGAACCCAUGACCUUCGGUCUCGCGCGCGAACACUUAAUCUCUAGACCACUAAGCCGGAACCCUACAGUGUUAAUGUCUAAUUUCAAUGAAUCCAUGAUCUUGCGCCACCCUUCAUCCAUUGGGUGAGGUAGACAUCUAUUUCACACCCGACUUUGAUUGAAAUCCACUGAUCACAGCUUUUCUUUAUUAUUUACCAAGUGAAACUGUUAUCAAAGGAAUUCUACUCCAGAAGUAUCUAUUUUUUUUCUAAAUGUCAGUGAAAAAACAAAACCAUUUUCUACUUUAAAUUAGUUUAUCAUCGACUUUGUUUUUUCAUCUCACACCACAUUGAAAAUGAACAAACUUUAGAUUAAUGACCAUCAUGACAAUUGAUAAUUGAUAUAUACAUUGUGAUAAAUCAAUAAACCCACAUUCUUCUUGAAUCAACUUUAAGUCAUUGUUUCAUAAUGAAUUGUUUAAGUAAUCGAAAUCAGUACAUUUUUCUGACUAGGCUGCAUCGUAUUAUUUAAGUGGCGAUCGAAAUUGUGUUCAACACGACUUAAUUUAUUCAGCUAUUUUGCUCUUUCUAUUCCUUGUGAGUGGUGGUUAUUAAGCCAGUCAAAUUAGAAGUAACCCAUCCAUACACAGGUCAGUACCUGUGUAGGAAAACAUUAUCUUCCCAUCAAAAUUGAAGGAUUCAUUAUUCACGAGAUAGUUUUGUUGUAUUCGAUUUCAAGUUUGUCACUGAUAAUAAAUUAUUCACAUUUGUAACGCAUAGUGCUAGGUAAAGGCGACAAACUGACUGAUGAGGUAAUGAUUCAUCUACUGAAGUGGUUCGGACUUGUAUUGUUACAAAUAUCCAACAAAUGCCUAUUUCGGCGUGCGAUGUUCACUAGGGUAGCAAUAGGUUGGAAAAAAGUUAUAUAGUCAAAUCAAAACGUAGCAUCAGUCAAUGAAGUCAUUGUUGGCAGAUAUAAACUACCUGGUUGAAGAUGUGUGACAUGACUCAUAUGCAUUCAAUUAUUGUCUUCUCUCAAAUAAUAAUUUUUAAAAGUAUCGUACAUAUUUUAUUCUGCGGAUUCAUUUCUUUAAAAAUCAUACUACCCAUGCCUGGUCUAUCUAAUUAACACCGAAAUUAUUGCUACUUGUACUAAUACUCUAGCAUUUGUCUUCAUAAUCACAUCUCGCUUUGUUGAUGUAAUCUGGAAACUGAAACCAAUUUAAAUAUUUACGAGAUUCUACCGUUGCUAACUGAAAACUUGGAAGGACUAGACGACCGCUUCGUCCUAGCACGGGGCUCCUCAGCAGUGCGUACCUACGAUCGACUAUUCAUUCAAAUUUUCGUAUUUCUGUCAUUGUUCAUAUUAUUUCAAAAAACACUUAUUUUCUAUUCUGCAUGGUAUCUGAAUUUAGGUUGGAGCAAAUAUUGUUCUGCCAAACUCGGAGCAGCAUUUAAAUGACAAUUUGCAUGUUUUAAUUACUGUUGAAGAUUAUGAAAAUCGUGCUAAAGUUAGACUUGAAAAAGCCAGCGAAUAUAUUAAUAUGUUUCUAAAGGAAAGUGUAAAAGUACUUGGCCAAUAAAUUCCAUCAAAUUAUCGAAAUUUAAUUUCCAAUCAAGAAGAAAUACCAUUUUUGCUAAAUCAUUCAAUAUAGGGCAUAAUGGUAGAUACAUGUCUAGACCGUAUACAUCACCAGCUUUACAACAUGGUCAACAUUUUCUACCUUUUUCACAUCCACACCUUCAAGAUCAUCCUCAAGAAAGACAUCAACAACGGCAACAGCAACAGUGUGUUGAUAUUCCUACUGGUCAAUCACGUUGUGAUCCCAGUGGAUUUUCACAAUAUCAUCAUUAUCCAAAUAAUUUUGUAUUUCCAUCGCCUGGUUCAUGUGAUCUGGAUGCUACAAUGUAUUUACAUAAUGACUCUGGUCGACAUGAUUUUACAGGAUAUUUCGGAUCGAAUUGUCAACAUAUACAAAAACAAACACUAUCGACCACACCAGGUAUACCUAUGGCACCCUUAGCUGUCAGCUAUUGGUCAUGUACAUAUUCCAGUUUACCAUCUCCAGAUUAUCCUAUUCAACACUCAGAAAUGAAUCGAAACCCUACUACUGUCAACGCAAACAGUCGACAACCAUGUCACAUUCAUGAACAUUGUCCGAAGGACAAUGUUAUGUCUCAUAAUUUUAUGAAUAGUUUACCACAAUCAAAUUAUACAACACCGUUGAUAAUUCAUUCACCGCGACAACAGUGUCCUCAGAGUAAUCAAUAUUUGCCACUCCAUCGAAAUCAACUUGUUACACCGAAUAAGUUGACAAGUCAAGUCCGUAUCAACACAGUUAGUAACUUUCAUAACACCAAUCAAACGCGUCGCCGUUAUCAUCAUCAAAAUGGUAACACUAAUAGUGGUGGGUCCGUUGAAGAGUUUCAUAAAAGGUUACAAAAGCAUUCAUCAGGCGAUGAAAGUGUUCUUCACAAUCAUAAAUCAGAAGAAUUUAUUCACAAGAGUAUAAUUGUUGAUAACAACAAUAAAAAUAAUAUUGAUGAUAAUAAUAAUAAUGAUAGUAAAAAUAAUCAUUCACUUUCUAUCGGUGCGUUGAAACAAAAUACUGCCAAUGGAAUAAAGAAAUGUCAUUCUGAAAAGUGUAAAACUAUCACUACUACUACUAGUAGUAGUAGUAGUAGUGGUAGUAGCACUCACAGUACUACUGCUUCUACUAAUCAUAUAGGUCAUCAUCAGCAACAGCGAUUCAAUGGUCAAGCAAGUACCAAUGAAAAUGUUGUUAUUACCUCUCGUAGCAGUUAUCAUUCGAUUCGUGCUCUUAACCCUACUGAUAUUGCUAAAGUAAAUAAUAAUAACAAUGAUAAUAAUAUCGGUAAAAGUACUAAGAAUUGUUUAAAUGAGCAGGAACAACAGUACGAACACGAGUACUAUGAUAGUUAUGCAACUGGGAUGGAAAAGGUUAAUACUAUGCCUCGUAAUGAAUAUAAAAAGAAUAGUUUUAAGUCUAAGUCUAAUAAUACUAAUACCACUACUAAUACUAAUACUUGUAUUAGUCAUAAUAAUACCAUCAUUACAUCAGCUAUUAACUCUGUUACAAGUAAAAUUAAAAGAAUUAAUCAAGAUAAAAAGUAUUUUAUUAAAAAUACUGAGGUUAAUGUAAUAAAAACUACUCCGUCUAACAGAAAAUUAUCUGAUUCAAAUUUAAAACCUAUUGGAUUAGUUACGGAUGAAACAGAGUGGCCAAGACUUGGAACUAGUGUGAAUACACUUCAAACAUCAACUGUCAAUAAUUCUCAAUGGUCGUCAUCUAAAUCCAAUGUUGUUUUGAAUAAUAAUAAUGAUGAUGUUGGUUGUAAUAAUAAUGAUGGUAAUGAUACUCAAUCGAUAAGAUUAUCACAUAAUUCCAAGUCCAAUUCACUUGAUAUUAAUGAUAAUAGUAAAGUUGAAAUAAAUCAUCAAUCAUCAUUGUCAACAUGCAAAUCGACCGGGUGAAAAAAAAUAUUAACAUUAAAAUGUUCUUGUAUAAUUAAUGUUGGAAAAAUAUUGAAAAACAGUUUAUUUUCUCAUUCAAUUUAUUUUUUUUGUUAAAAUUAGGGAUUUUUAUUGUAUUUGUUUUUUUUAAACGCAUAUUUAUGCCGAAAUCAUUUUUUUAAAACUAUUUUUCAUGAUUCGUUGUUUAUUCUAUCAUUUUAUUGUUCUCUAUGUUUGCUGUUUUUUUUAUUUACCUUCAUCAUUUCAUUUUCUUUUAUCUUUUAAUGUUUUCUUUAAUGGUUAAUAUUUUUUUGACUAAAACUGUUAUGACAAAAGGAAAUAACAUAGUUUUAUUGUUGUAAAUUAUAAUAGAUUAUGUUUUUGAU